CAGUGGGAUGAAAACAUAUAGUGACAAAAGUGAAAUGAUUCGCCAUUGAAUCGAAAUAAAAGCACUGAAUAUUAGAGCUUAUUUAGUUAAUUUGAGAUUUGACCUGCCAAUGUAUUUAUACUACUGUCACAAAAUACAUCGUUGGUAUGUUGAGUAACGAAAGCGCUGCAAUUGACGGAAAGCACUGUAGUCGAGUUCCGAAGUGGAUAUGUUUUCAUUGGAAUUUUAAGGGGCAUACGUUAAUAACAGAAUAUGAUACGAUGCUUGCUGUGAUAAUAAGUAGUAAAAGUAAAUAAAGAAUUUAGAUCUUCAGUCAGUUUUGAAUGACGAAGAGCUGCCACUAUUAUUCACCUGACAAACAGGGAUUCGUCUGCUUAUUGUACAGUUAGUGACCUCUGUUACAAUAUCGAGAGUGGUGCUAAGGGAACCAAGAUACAAUGUGAUUACUUAAUGACGAGGAUAAAUUUUGUCCACUGUUUUAUAAACCGUAUGGGGCAAGAAGUGCACGGUGUGUUUGUGGCGCUGCCUCUUGCCAGCUGAGGGCUCACACAGCCACCCUAGGCAUGGGUGGUGCACUCAGCAAUUUCUUCCAAUCAGGCAGUGCCUUGCUGUCUGCAGGUAACCACCGAGGCAUCUCAGAACAGACACGUACCAAAGUGCGUGACAUCUUUGAUGCACUUCGUGCUAACCCUCGGAUUACUGUUCAGAGACUUGAAGGGCUGCUGUCACAAAUACCCAAGAAUGAAAACAUUUUAUUGGAGCACAACGAUGAAGGCUACAACCUACUGCAGAAGUGUGUGGGUCUCAAUAAUGUGGAAAUGGUACGCUGGAUUUUGUCACGAAAUACAGACGUCAACAGGGGAGCUUGCUCCUUACCAUUACAUAUAGCAUGCCUCAAGGGGUAUGAGGAAUGUGUUGAAAUUCUUCUCAAGCAUGGUGCUCGAAUUGACGUGGAGGCACGUAUGUGUUGGCCAGGACCUCACAAUCAAAACUGUGAAGAACGUGGAAAAUGCCGAGUGCCCAAUGAAAGUGUUGCUGAUAGAUCAAGUGACAAACUGCAGAGUGCAGUUUUUUAUGCGAUAGAUGGUGACCAAGCAGACAUCCUGGAAUUGCUGACCCAACAGUGUGAGGAUCACUGGUUGCCAUGGCAACAGCGUCGCCCACUAUUGCACAUUGCUUGUGAGCGUGGUGCCUGGAACUGUGUUAAGUAUCUUGUGUCAGAACGCUCGGAUGAAAUUAAUCAGUGCUAUGAUGAGUACUAUCCUAUACAUCAAGCAGCACUGCAUCACAUAAAAUUCCUCGAACUGCUCAUAAAUUGUGGCGCAGAGACUCGAGUGAGGACAGCAACGCAGCAGAUGACAGUCUUACAUAUUGUGUUCCUCAUUGGACGUAAAUCAGCAGAAGAUACCUUGCAAACAUGUAAGCUGCUGCUGGAUCAUGGAUUACGGGAGCUGAUUAAUGAGCCAGACUCCUUAGGCAACACUCCUUUACAUGGUCUGAUCGUGCGAUAUGCCCUUGAGGAGGCACGGUAUGGCUAUGACCAUGAUAAUCAGCCUUGGAACAAGUGGGAUGUAUUGCACUUGGUACGCUUCCUCCUGCAAAAUGGUGCACGGCCAUCUAUAAAUCACCCAGGGAACAGUGCACUGGCCUGCGUAUUGAGGCAUGUGCGUGACUGGGAGUUCCGCUAUGAGCUGCUAAAUAUGCUGUUGCAAGAGGGAGGAAAUCCAAAUGUCGUUGGCCGUGAUGGAUCUGUACCACUUAUGGUCUGCCUUGUUCCUCUCAUCAACAAAGAUCCACUCCAUCAUUUCACACACACUAUGAAGGUAUGCUACCUGAAUUGUGUACGGAUCCUCUGUAAGCAUGGUGCAAAUCCAAAUUGCACAUCUCGCAGCAAUUUAACACCAAUGCACGUGCUUGUAUUCACUGCCAGUGAGAGCAUAGCUUUGAACCGAGAAGAGGAGAAAGCACAAAACUUUGAAUUUAUUAGGAACUUGCUGGUUCUGCUUCUCCAGUAUGGGCUUGAUCCCAAUGUACAAUUCUCACAACGCACGCAACACAUCCUUCAGUCAUUGUCAGAUAUGGUUCAGAAUGCUCGAGGUCCGUCAGAUCUGAUGCAUGUGUAUAAUCUGACACUGACGUUGAUUCAGUAUGGGGCAGACCCAAAUGUGGUGGUGCCUGAUGCUGGUCAGAUCGGACGGACAGGUUGUCACACAGGCUCCGGGUCUGCGGGUGGUGCUGGCCGCCGACCGCAGAGGGUCGGCUGGGUGCUGCAGUGCUACGUCUCAGCCGUCUGCCGAAAGGAGGAGCUACUGUCUGAUCCACAACAACGAUUUGCACGAAUUAUUUGGUUGUACUACUUUUGUAUGGACCACACUACACUUUUCAGUUGUCUAAGGCAGCUCCACGCGCAAGCAGCUCUCGUACCACCACGUGGAGCAGCUCUCUGCCACUUAGUGCGAGAAUUGUGUGGGAAACCUCGUACACUCAAACAGAUUGCACGUGUGGCUGUUUAUACUGCACUCGGUCGCCGUCCUGGAACUCAUGUUAACAAGCUGCCACUGCCCGUCACACUUCGUGAAUACAUUCUCAACUUUGAGCCAUAAAUUGGUGUUCUUUGUAGCUCCUGGAAUUUUGUAGUCUGCUGUGAAUUCUGGUUUCUUCCAAGUAAAGUUAUGUAUGAUAUUGAAAUGGCUGUUUAAUUACAACAUUCUGUACUAAUAUAAUGAAACAAACAAUUAGUACAUAGUGAAGUGAUAUGUUUGAUGUACAAAUUCUGAAGACAUAUUUGUAAUAUUGUGCUGUUGGAAAUGAGAGUGUGUAUAGGCUACUGUGCUAAAAGCUUUGUGUGAGAGCAUUUUGUGCAACCAGUCAGUGACUGACUUUGUCUGCUCAACUCUCCAGGCAGUUGUUAGACAUGGGCAUAAAGGAAAGAGCAGUUUCAAAACAAUUAUUGGGUGACAUGGUUUACUUAGUGGUGCUCACUUGGUUUUUCCAUUCUAUU